AUGCAAUUUCAAACGAUCAAGCCAAAGGAUCCAUCGUUAGUGUCUUAUUUUAUUCUAUCGUUUCUGAGAAUUGUGCUAGUGUUCGUACCGCAGCUUGGUUACAUUCAUCCGGACGAAUUUUUUCAAUCGGUGGAAGUCGCCGCAGGAGAUGAAUAUGGAUUGGAGGUGACACGCACGUGGGAAUUUAACACCACCUACCCCAUACGCUCGAUGGCCAUUACAUACUUCGGACUGAAAAUUCCCUUUUCAUUGCUACGUUUUGCGUCAAUGUACACAACCUAUUACCUCGGCAUUAAUUUGCGCGGUAGCUACGUGACGCUGGUAUUUCCACGCUUGCUCAUGGUGGCGCUAUCGUUCGUGAACGACUGGAGCCUGUACCGGAUUUGUCGUUCGUACGGUUUACAGUACCAGUUCCGGUUGCUUACACUAGCCAGCUCGUACGUGAUGCUCGUGUACGCGACACACACCUUUUCGAACUCGAUCGAAAUGGCACUGUGUUCGCUGCUGCUGUACAUCGUGAGCGAUUGUAUGAUCCACUCCAACACGGUCAUCUACCAGCGAGAGUUUCUCGAGGAAAAGUACCGCAAAGCACAGCGAACGGUCGAAAAGGUGCGCUUCUACAAGCUAAAAAUGUCACUCCCAUCCCAUUCGCUUAACAAGUGCGUCCUGAUGGCGACCCUGUGCGUUACGGGCGUGUUUAACCGGCCUACCUUCAUACUGUUCGGUAUGCCACUCGUAUUCCACUGGAUGCUGCGCGGAAUGGGCACGAAAACGGUCUCGUUCACGGAUUUCAAUCUGCGCAUUAUGAUCUUCGUGCUGUCCGCCAUCCCAUCGCUGAUAGUGUUCAUCGUCAUCGAUUCGAUCUAUUACGGAUAUUUGACGAUGGCCGAAAUUGAGCUGCAAGACAUUGGCAUUAACAACUUUGUCGUCACGCCGGUGAACUUUAUCCGUUACAAUAUCAUUUCGGAAAAUACCGCCCAACAUGGAGCACAUCCGUUCUACACGCACGUCCUUGUGAACGUUCCGCUGCUGUACAACGUCCUCGGGUUGCUUGCCAUAUUUUCACUCCUUUUCAUGAUUUAUCGCUUUUCCACCAACGACUACACCAGCCUGCCACGUGCGCAAUCCUUCGUUGGGUUAAUGUUAUCGGCAAUAUUUUUCCCCAUCAUAAGCCUCUCGCUGAUAAACCAUCAGGAGGCACGCUUUUUGAUUCCGAUUACCGUGCCAUUGGUGCUGCUGCACGCACCCAAACUUCAGGUCGGACUAUCUAGGAACUAUCCGUUCAAGACGCCGACUCGGGUAAAGGACUUCCUGUACCACAAUCUACUCUGUCCGGCCGUGAGCCCGAAGUAUCUGCUAAAAAUAUGGUACACCGCCAACGUGAUUCUUACGCUGUUUUAUGGCUUCCUGCAUCAGGGCGGUGUGUAUCAGCUGGCGGAAUAUUUUAGCCGGCAAGUCGAUGUACGCUCCUCGAACGUGCACAUCCAUCUCGUCACUAGCCACAUCUACAGUGUGCCCCAGUGCUUUGUGGGACUUCCGAGCACCGAAACGUUGCUCAUAAAUCCCGACAAUGGCCAGAAGUAUCGUCGUACGAAACAAUUUUUCCUGUACGAGUAUGGUUCGCUCGAUUUGGAGCACCUGUAUCGUAAGCUGAAGCUGCUGAUCGAUGUCUGCGAGAUGCGUUCGAUCAGUGCCGACCAACGGUACCGACUGUAUCUUGCCAUUCCGUCCAGCCUGUCCGAGGGUUUGAACGACAUCUUCCAGAACCGAACGGCAGCACUCAUCAAACACAGCCAGGUGCGCGUGUUCUAUCCGCACCUCUCAAUCGAAGCAAUGCCGAAAAUGUUCGGCCAGCAUCCGUGCGGCAUCAAUACGGACGUGGACGAACUGGACGAUACCUGCCCGAUUUACGCACUGGACGAUGAGCAGAAUCCGUUCAGUGUCGGCCGGCUGUUGAAGCAAUUUUCCUCGGUAGCGCACCAGUUCGGACUGAUCCUGUAUCGGAUCGAGGUGCGGCGCAUCAAAUAA